ACUGUUUAACUACGAUGAGUUCGGAGUUUAUAUGCCCUUAGGCUAUCGUGAAAUACAAAUGUAAUAGAAUUCAAUCGCUCUUUCUGUUUCUUUGACACCAUGUGUCUGAUCUAGUCAGACAAAACAUGUUAAACACAAGUUGCACUGUUGCCGCGCCUAAUACGACGGGGUCAGGAUGGCUACAGCGGAGGAACUCCAAAAGACAUGGGAGCUCACAGUCCAAGUGGACCAGAGAGCUGGAGAUGAGUCCAUGAAGUUCAAGCUGAGAGUGAAGGGAAACCUGCACAUCGGAGGACUUAUGCUUAAACUGGUGGAGAAGAUCAUAGCCCCUCAGGACUGGUCUGAUCAUGCCCUAUGGUGGGAGCAGAGGAACUGCUGGCUGCUGAAGACCCACUGGACCCUGGACAAGUAUGGGGUCCAGUCAGAUGCAGACCUGCGCUACACACCCCAACAUAAGCCCCUGUGUAUACAGCUGCCCAACAUGAAGUACAUCAAACUGACCGUCAGCUACUCUACUGUGGUCUUCAGGGCUGUGGCUGAGAUCUGCAGAACUCUCAACAUCCGGAGAUCAGAGGAGCUGUCCUUGCUGAAGCCUACUGAUGAAAACUCCAAGAAGAAGAAGAAGAAAGACAAGAACCCUGUGCUGGAAGACAUCAUAGACAUGGACGUCGUCAGCGGAGGAUCUGGAGGCUCAGCCUCCCCUUUGUACAGUAAGACCAUGAUCCCGACCUACGACCCAGAGAAUGGAAUGCCAGUCUCGGCCACCAGCCUGUGGUUUGGGGACAAUCCUCUAACCUCCAGCCAGCCCAACCUGCCCCCUGCAGAGCUGGCCAAGAUGUACCAACCAAUGUCCAUGGUGGACAAAGCUGUCAUCAACGCAGGGUGGCUUGACUCCUCACGCUCUCUGAUGGAGCAGGACAUACAGGAGGAAGACAGGUUGCUGCUACGCUUCAAAUACCACUGCUUCUUUGAUCUCAACCCUAAGUAUGACGCAGUGAGAAUUACCCAGCUCUAUGAGCAGGCUCGCUGGACCAUUCUGCUCGAGGAGAUUGAGUGUACAGAUGAGGAAAUGCUCAUGUUUGCCUCCUUACAGUAUCACAUAUGCAAACUGACUAUGUCAACUGAACCACUGGACUUCUCCAAUGAGCCGGAAAUUGAUGAAGUAGAAGCUGCCUUAUCCAACUUGGAGGUAACACUGGAAGGAGGACACGCGGACAGAAUUCUGGAAGACAUCACAGACAUUCCACAGCUGGCAGACUCCCUCCGGCUGUUCAGGCCUAAGAGAUUGACGCUGCGAGCAUAUAAGGAUUACUGGUUUGUAUUCAAGGACACGACCAUCUCCUACUACAAGAACAAGGAGGUCUCCAGCGGAGAACCCAUAGAACAGUUCCACCUCAGAGGAUGUGAGGUGGUUCCUGACGUCAACGUGACAGACAGGAAGUUCGGCAUCAAGCUGCUUCUCCCGGUGGCUGAUGGGAUGAACGAGGUCUACAUCCGCUGUGACAACGAGAAUCAGUACGCCAAGUGGAAGGCUGCCUGUAUCCUGGCAUCCAAGGGGAAGACGAUGGCCUACAGCUCCUACAGGGCAGAGGUCAAGAACAUCCAAUCUUUCCUGAAGAUGAAGAGUAUGGCGCCCCCUCCUGGUCAGGCAGCCCCCGAGCUUGAAACCAUGGAGAUGAACGCGGAGUGCUUUGUGUCCCCGCGCUACUCUAAGAAGCACAAGACCAAACAGCUGACCUGUCGCAUCCUUGAGGCUCUCCACAACAUCGCUCGCCUGUCGCUCAUGGAUGCCAAGAUGCGUUUCAUUCAGGCCUGGCAGUCGCUGCCUGAGUUUGGAAUCAAGUAUUACAUUGUCAGAUUCCGAGGGAGUAGGAAGGAUGAGCUGCUGGGGAUCUCCUAUAACCGUUUGAUCCGUAUCGACAUCUCCACGGGGUCGCCCGUCACCACGUGGAGAUUCGCCAACAUGAAACAGUGGAACGUCAACUGGGAGAUCCAACAGGUGACCAUAGACUUUGACCAGGGUGUGUCAAUAGCGUUCUCCUGUGCGAGCUGUGACUGUAAGGUAGUCCACGAGUACAUCGGAGGAUACAUCUUUCUUUCAACAAGGUCCAAAGACCAGAAUGAAACUCUGGAUGAAGAACUGUUCCUCAAACUCACAGGCGGUCAGGAAUGAAAGUUUGGUUCUUGUUGUUUAUGAGCCUUGGGUUGAAGAUCUGUGUUAUCAAGCCAUUUUUGAUGGUUUUUGCUAAAUGAACUGACUGCUGGCACUCAAUUAGGUUCUACCUUAGCUUAUGAAACAGACUGAUCGAUUGUGAUUUCACAAACCUUUCAGAAAAUGUUUUUAUUUUAUUUUAUUUUUGACGUUUGUUUAAUUGUAGUCUUUUACUGUUUUAAUGAAUACUAUUUGAAUGCCGUUUUUAUAUUCCAUAUUGAUGUUCAUUUUCCAGGUUUAUUAAAAAUCGAAAGCAAUCGCAGCGUUUUUAGUGGUGGGAUCAUAUCAUUCCAAAGAAAGAAAUGUUGCUUACUCAAAGGACAUUGGAGUGUUGUACUUUUAGAGCUUCGAGGAAAUAUAAAUAAAUCGACGAAUUGUGA